AUGCCUUUGUACGGAGAUGAAGAGGUGGUAAUUCAGCACGUUGAAGAAUCAGAUGAAAUGUCUGCAGAGCUAUGUAAUGACGGCUACGAUGACGACAAUGGAGACUAUUUGGUCUUGAUGGGAGAUCACUUAGCAUUCCACUACGAAGUUUUGAGCGCUUUAGGCCAAGGAUCGUUUGGACAGGCACUGAAGGAGGUGUGUCUCUUGGCGCAGCUUCAGCGUGAAGCAGUAGCGUGCGAUGAGGAUCCUCACAUCGUGCAUUUGGAGGAACACUUUUGGUUUCGAAAUCACGUGUGCAUCGCCUUUGAGGUGCUGGGCACGAACCUGUAUGAUUUCUUGAGGAUGCGACACUUUCGCGGUGUGGCUAUGAGUAGCGUGCGUACUGUUGGCAAGCAGCUGGCACAAGCGUUGAAGUUCCUCAAGCUGCAGCAGGUUAUUCACUGUGAUCUUAAGCCGGAAAAUGUAGUGCUGAUGCAAUAUGUGGGACAGGAGAUGUGCAGAACGCAGACAGUGUGGCCAACGUGA